AUGACUAAACACCACUUUCCCGCCCAUUUGGCCGCCAAGGCGCUAGAGGCCAUCAAAUUCACCUGCUACUUCGGCACUUUUGUGCACACGCCAGAGCUCGGCCGUCUGGAGGCUCUCACACGCUGUGCUGUUGGUGUUGAUGAAACAGGUACCAUUGCUUUUGUCCAGGAAAACUGCCAGGACUAUAAAAAAUACACGCUCGACUUCACCAAGCUGUCCCAGGAACAAGUGCGCUUCGUUGACGUCUCUGACUCCGAGGUGAAGUUCUUUGUCCCCGGCUUUAUCGACACCCAUAUCCACGCCCCACAAUUUCCUAAUAACGGAAUCUUUGGCGACUCAACUCUGAUGGACUGGCUCGAGAAGUACACGUUCCCGUUGGAGUCCUCGUUCAAAGACGUCUCGCUCGCUACAGAAAUCUACAACAAGGUGGUGGACCGCACGCUCAGCAACGGAACUACCGCGGCUGCGUACUAUGCCACGAUCCACGCCGAGGCUACCAACCUGCUUGCCGAUGUGGCUCUCACGCGCGGCCAGAGAGCUUUGAUCGGUAAAGUUUGCAUGAACCAGAACUCUCCAGACCACUACAUCGAGACCUUUGAGGAGAGCAAGCAGUCCCAGCUCGAGGUGAUCCGCCAUGUCGAGGCAAGAGACCCUACUGGAACCUUGGUGAGUCCUGUUUUGACUCCUAGAUUCGCUCCUUCGUGUACCGAGAACCUGAUGGAAUGGCUGGGUGAGCUCAGAAAGUCCAGAAACUACCAUUGUCAAACACAUUUAUCCGAAAACAAGCGUGAGAUCGAAGUCGCUCACGAACUUUUCCCCGAUUACGAUUCCUAUACCGAUAUUUAUCACAAGUCUGGUCUGCUCGGACCAAAGACCAUUCUGGCCCACUGUAUCCAUUUGUCGGACCACGAAAAAGACCUUUUGGCCCAGACCGGCAGCGGAGUGUCGCACUGUCCAACGUCAAACUCCUCCAUCACUUCUGGAGAGGCCAGAAUCAGAUGGCUGCUCAACAGCAACGUCAAGGUCAGUCUGGGAACCGAUUGCUCGGGUGGAUUCACUCCUUCCGUGUUACAAGUGGCCAAGCAUGCGCUUUUGGUUUCGAACCACUUGGUCAUGAAGUCCGAGAACGAUUUCGAAAAGCUCAGCACCAGCGACGUGCUGUACCUGGCCACCGUGGGAGGUGCCGAGGUCCUCAACAUGGACGUCAAGCUCGGUAAAUUCCAGGUCGGAUACAAAUUCGACACGCAACUUAUUCAACUCGACUGCGACAACUCGCCUGUCGACACCUUCGCUUUCCAAAACCCAAGAUGGGGCCAGGUCGACCGCAAAGAGUCGAUAGAUAAGUUCCAGGAUUUGAUCGACAAGUGGAUCUUCAACGGUGACGAUCGUAAUGUUAGACAAGUGUUUGUGAACGGACGGUCUGUUUUGCAGAAAAAUUAA